AUGAAAAAAAAAGAACUAGAAAAUUUAGCCAAAAAAGUCCAAUUAGAAAUAAAGGAAGCAGAUUUGACUCACUAUUUAAAGACUUUCAACCGUUUAGAAAAAAUGUUAACAAAGUUUAAAAAUGUUAAGGUAGGGUCCGAAAAAAAUUCUAUAAAGAGAAUGAAUAUCGGCUAUUUGACUUUAAAAGAUUUAGAAGAAUUAACUAAAAAUUAUUCUAGUCCAAGAAUCAGCAAAAAAGUCCUGGAAAACAACGCAAUAGUUACUCCUGAUGUGAAUAAACUCGAAUGUAUAAAAAGAGCAGGGCAGGCUGUAAGUAAUAUUUUAAAAAGACUAAAAAAAGAAAUAAAGCCUGGUGUUUCAGGAAACGAUUUAGAUAAAUUAGCACGACAAUUGAUGGAAAAAGAAGAGGUAAAAUCAUCAACUCUAGGUUACCGGAUAGGCGACCGUGUCUUUCCUAGUGCUAUCUGUGUUUCUUUGAAUGAAGAACUAACUCAUGGUAUUCCUGACAAACGAUUUUUCAAAGAAGGAGAUUUAGUUUCCAUUGAUGUAGCAUGCAGUUAUCGAGGUUAUCACGCCGAUGCAGCCCUGACCACUAUUGUUGGCAUAGAAAACGAUGAAGCAAAAAACAAUUUACUGAAGGUAACCAAAGACAGUCUACACUAUGUUAUUCAACAAAUUAAACCUAACAUCACUACUAACCAAGAUAUUGGCAGGAUGUUAACUAAGUAUAUUCGGUCCCGAGGAUAUUUUCCAAUUCAAAGUUAUGGAGGACACGGAAUUGGGGAAGAACUUCACCAAGAGCCUUUUAUUCCCAACACCCCGCACAUCAACCCAGAAAGAAUCAAAGUUAUAAAAGAUGGUAUGUUUAUUUGUAUUGAACCACUCGUACAAAUAGGUGAUGAAAAAGUAACAGAAGCAGCAAAUAGUUGA